UGUUUUGCUUCUGUAUGAUUUUUGUUGGUAAGCGCGCCGAAUAAAAGAAACUGAUUUUUUAAGACCUUAUCCAAAGUUAAGCCAGUGAGAAAAAACCACUUUGUCACAAACAGAAUUUCAAGAUGGAGGCCAUCGAUCACCAAAACAGAAAUCGCACUUGGGAAGGCAAAAGAUUAACCGAAGCAGAAGAAAAACAGUGUCUAUCGUCAUCUGGGAUUACAAUAAGCGAAUACCUUAUCAACAAUUAUCCACCAGUGACACAAAUAGCAUACGAAACUGAGGACGCUGUCACCAUGGUUCCCCUGCGUAAUUCAACUUACUCCAGCAGUUCUGAGAUGGGAGCAGACACAGAAUAUCAAUUUGGUUCUUAUAAUCAAUUGGAUGCAGAAGAAAUGAAAAAAGCAAGAAGGAGAAUGAAGAACAAGAUAUCAGCUCAAGAAAGUCGGAGACGAAAAAAAGAAUAUGUAGAUUCACUGGAGGCAAGAUUGAAGCAAAGAGACCAGGAAAAGAAUCUCUUGAAAGAUAAAGUAACUGAGUUGGAAGAUAAAGUUAGAAUGUUGGUUGAUGAGCUUUUUGCGUUGAAACAAAAGCAACACAACGAAGAACUUUCAACAUCACUAAAUGAUGACGAAAACUCACGUGCAAAAUUUCAGCCGAAAUGCAUUUCUCAAAUAAGCAGAGCCACGCAGACUGGAAUCUGUUUACUUUGUUUUUUUAACCGUUCUAAAAAUACAAGCGAGUGUCACAAUGAUAUGGAGAAUGAUAUGGAAAUAAAUAAUCAGGACAUGAAAAACGGACAGGAGUUUUUCUCAACUUAUCAAUCAAUAAAUGAUAGCAUGUCGACACAGAGCUCAUUAUCAGAUUUUGAUGUCAAUGUAGAAGAUGAUGAAACUAUGACACCAUCUUUUCGAGAAAAUCAUCUUGUUCGAAGAUCAGCUUCUCCAGAUGAUGAAAUAAAGUUUAGGAAAGAAAGGCCAGCGUCUGCUGAUGGAGAACUGCAAUUCACAAGAAACAAACCUACCGUUAAAGCUCCCGAAAGCUUGCAGGACGGAAGCUGUCAAACUAUGAUUUAUGAUAACUCGCCCCAUGUAAAAUAUCGCCAACUGGAAACUCGCUUUUACGAGAAACAACAAUACACAUCAUCGGAAGGUCCUGGGGAUGAUGUAUUCUUUGAUAAUGCUGGACAAUAUGUUCGUAGACCAGGAAGUGCGGCAGUAAGAUAGGUUCUUUAAACACGAAAUGUAGAUAAUCUUUGUUUAUGCUGUUUUUUAUUUUGUAAAUAUUAGCUAUUUCUAAAUAGUAUGAGCUUGUGAUGACAAACAUGAAAUUUUCAAAAUUAAAUGCUCCAUUUCAUUAUGAGUCCUCUUUGCUGUUGAUUAGACAAUUUUUUACUUUAUCUACUUCAAUUCGGAGGGUAGAAACAACAAAACAGCAAUUUGCCUAGAGUUCUGCUCGUAUCAGAAUUUUUUCUCCAAAGUUUGGCAACUUUAGAAUUAGUCCAUGUGCUAGGUAACUCAGACAAUGAACCUUGAAACGAAACCGCAGCUUCCCGCUUAUGUUUUUAUUCUUUUUUGCAUUCAUUUAAAGCAAUGUUUUUUUUUAUUUUUGUGUGUCACGCAAACAUCUGCAGAAUGCACUGAUAUGAUUGCAAUGGACUCUGUCUAUCUCAAAACUAACAAGGAGUCGAAAAACAGAUUCGAGAAUAAAAAUAUACAAACUCAUCCCCAGGUUCAAUCAUUUUUGACAUCGGUAUUACCACCGUCUUGAUGUCAAAAAUAUACAAAAUAUCCCGGGAAUGAGUUUGGAGAUUGUAAUCAGAUAUAUAGAGAAUGUUACGGUCGUUGUUGUGAACUUUAUUCUUUGUGCUUCAUGUUUUUAAAGUUUGACCAACACCAGCCUUCUUUUUGUAGGGGCACUGGUAGUAAAUGAAAAUGUUAAGAAGCUGUUAUAGGUUUCUGUGUUAUUAUAAAAAUAUAUAAUUUAUUAAG